UCUCCAGUAGAUGGGCGGUGUCACUUUAAGCGCACCUACUCUUUGCGUGGGUAUAUCUUUGCAGGGAUCUCUUUCAGCUCUCCAGUCUUCUGCUCCCGAACAGAUGGAAAUGGCACUGGAAGGUAAAUGCGCGGUGGUGACUGGAGCAGCGGUGGGGAUCGGAAGAGCAAUAACGGAGAUACUCCUGAAAAACGGCGCCAAGGUAGCCCUCCUGGAUGUGAACGAAGCUGCAGGAAAGAGUUUAGUAGAAGUCCUCGGCAAACAACAUGGACAAGAGAGAACUUUGUUCCUAAACUGUGAUGUGGAAUCAGAGGAGCAGAUAAAAGCUGCCUUUCAGAAAACCGUAGACACCUUCGGAGGACUAGACAUCCUGUGCAACAACGCCGGCAUCUUGAAUGAGAAGUUGUGGGAGAAAACUGUCUCCAUAAACCUGAUGGGGGUCAUCAGGGGGACUUACCUGGCGCUGGAGCACAUGAGCAAGUUGAGUGGAGGACGCGGAGGGGUCAUCGUCAACACAGCAUCCCUGGCAGGUCUCGGCCCUCUACCAAGCUGUCCUGUGUAUACGGCCACUAAGCACGGAGUGGUCGGCUUCACUCGGGCCAUGGCGGCCGCCUCCACCGCAUCAGGUUACGGUAUACGGUUCAACGUCCUUUGCCCAGGUUUCGUCCAAACGGACCUCUACACCUCUAUUAAAACCAACCUGGGGCAAUUCUCCCACUUGGCUGAUGCAACCCACCAAUUGGUUGAGCGAUUUGGGGCUGUAAACAUAUCUGAUGUGGCGGAGUCCGUUCUGGAGAUGGUGACCGAUGAGACAAAGAAUGGAGAGGCCUGCUUUGUUUCCCCUAAAGAAAAGAAAUACGUGAAUUUUCCUUCAUUCAUCAAGUAACUUUACUAGAUCAUGUGAUCAAAGCAGCAAUGUUUCUCAGUGCUUUAAUGUGCCAAUUUUAAUGUUAAAUCUUAAUGCCUCAAGUGCUUUUCAUACAGCAGAAAUAUCUGAGUGAGUAGUCAAUACAAUGUACACGAAAGGUCCAAGCUGUAGGCUUCUAGCAUCGUCUACAGGUUUUUGUUUUCAUUUUGUUAGUAUGAUUAAUGUUGAAUUAUGAUGACAACUGCAAUAAUGUGUCCUUCAACAUGUCAAUAUUUAGCAGACCACUAGUUCAACACCUAUCUGAGGUGGAACAUUUUAAAAAUGUCUGUGACCAGAAUUAAAAUCCAGAUUGUAUUUUUACGUAACGUCACUAUUAACUGAAAAAAUUGUCCAUCAUAAAAGGGUCCCCCAAAACAUCUGUAUUUGUUCUUUGGGCAAUUCCUGCUCAUUCUGCGCGUAAUAUCAUGCAAUUCUAGUUUGUAAUAAAUACCUUCAUUCAUGG